AUGUCGGAAUCUCAUCGAGAUAAUGACAAGUCGUCAAAUAAUAAUUUUUCCCAUUCUCAUCGAAAUAGUAAAGACGACAUUGAUCGACACGAUCGAAAACGCUCGCACAAUGAUUCAGAAAAUACUGACGCUAAAGUUUUUAUCAGAAAUGUUCCAACAAAAAAAGUCACUGAUGAAGAAUUAUUAAACUUUUUCAAACCAUAUGGCAAAAUUUCAGAUAUACAAGUAUUUAAAGAUCAUAUAUCCGUGCAAUAUACUCGCGUUGAAGACGCGAAUAAAUUACUUAGGAAUGCUAAAAUACCUUUGUUGUUCAAAGGAAAUAAACUUGACGUCUUAUCAGCGAGAGAAAUACGAUCGACAAGUGUCAAGUCAACGUCGACCGAUAGAUCAUCCAAAAGCAAUGAUAGAAAUUCACAUCGGUCAUUAUCCAAUUAUGAACCUCAAAGAAAACGUUUUAUACCACGCGAGCGAUCCGCUCUUAUUUCAACCGAACGAAACGACGAUCGCACACAUGUCCCUGUAUCGACAUCAAAGUCUCAUCAGUCGUCGAAUGAUUCCAUUCCUCUCAGUCAUCAGAUACCAUAUGCAAUCUUAACUGGACCGAAAGAUGCCAAUGCACUUGUUGAUUGUCAAAUAGUUAUAGUCAACGCUCGACAACGAGAUUACGCGGAAGAGAUCGAAGCUCGUCUUUCUUCGCAAGGCAUGAUCACAUCGGUCAUUCUCCUUCGCGAAGACUUCACACUGACCGAAGCGAUUGAAAAUGCAGCUCGUCUACAAUGUUUAUAUGGCAUUAUUGCCAUGCCAAUGCACGAAGAGCGACGCACUGCAUCUUUUCACAUUCUUCACGGACAAACUGAAGAACAUCGAAAUUUAACGUUGGAAGAUGGAAUUCAUAUAAUUGCUACGAAUUAUAUUUCCUACAAACAACGUCUUCACAACGAUGAUGUGAACUCAUAUCGUUCAAUUCAUGAUCCGAUUUCUUAUGCGAAUUCGAGUCCACCGAAUAAUUCUCGUCGUCAGUUGAGCAACCAUACACAAGAAGAGAUCGCUCCACCAGUUUUGCAUCUCGGUGAUAAAUUACCGUUGUCAAUGUUAUUGUGCCUACUUGCCGAUGGAAGGCAAUUGACUUUGGAAGAGAUCGAUCGUGUACUUGUUUAUUUACUUGAAAAGAAAGCCAAAAUGCUAACGUUACCUGCUGGUACAUUGCCGCCUUUACCUGCUCAAUAUGCAACUAUAAAUAACCAUCAAACAGGUGCUUUGAUCUUUUAA